CAACUCGUGAAACUCAGGGCCGGCCAUGAGGGUGUGCUGGCCCGCCCUCCGGCACAGGGCCUCAGAAUAUUAGGGGCCUCUACUUAGAUUCGUUAGUUACCGAUCGUAUAUUGUAGGUUGUAUUUUAGUGUAUGAUUGAUUGAUUAUGAGUAUGAUGAUGUGUUUAAUAGAUAAUUUUAGCUAUAAUAACAAUUGAAAAGGAUCUCAUGGAGAAUACGAAAAUCUAAAAAAUAAUAGAUAAUUUUAAUUUAAAUAAUAUAGAAAGAUAUUACAUUUUUUUUAUGAAUAAAAGUUAAAGAUAUUACAUUUUGAAUAAUGUUAUUAUAAUCAUUUUAGUUUUAUUAUAGUUAAAGGUUGAUUUGGACCACGUCUAGAUUUUGAAAUAGGGCCUCCACGAUCUAGUAGACAACCCUGCACCCACCUCUCGAUCAAUUUAGACUAUUUUCAUUUCUCAAUUCAAUUUUUGCGUUAUAUCCAUUUUCUCUUCCUUCCAGAUUUACUUUCCUCCCUACUAGGGCUGGGAAUUCGGUCUUGGUUUCUUGGUCAAACUGGAAACGAGAUCGUUUAUUCCUGAUGUAAUCUUUUUCUGAACUUAAGUAUUUUUUUACAAUUAUUUACUAAUUUUUAAUUUUGAUAAAUUUAUGGGGAAAAAAUUAGGGCCACAAUUUAAAUUUUCGAACAGGGCCUCCAAAUAUCAUGGGACGGCCCUGGUGAAACUUCAAAUCACCUGCUUAACCGACUCGAUAUCUUAAACCGAUUUUACAACCAAGUCUUCCACCCAAAUGCAACUACUUCUACGUAGUUGCCGUACAAGGAGUUUGUAUGACAAGCAAGAAAGUCCCCAAAAAUCACGCAGAAUCCCAUAACAGAGUUAACAAGUAACUCAUGCCAAACCCGACGCCUUCCCCCAACUCUCUUCAUGCAUCUCGUAUGCCGUUUGAAGCUUUUAACCUCUCCUCUCUUAUUAACUGAUCCUCUGCUGCAAAUUCCCACACCGCCGUCAAUGGAGCUUUCCAAGAUGCUACCAACCAGCAGACUCCCGCCGUCGUCGUUCCUCCUCGCUGUCACAGCAACCACCUUCUUCCUCCUCUUCAUGGCAGCCGAGGCCAGGUGGCCGAUCCUCUACAGGGUCGGCGGCGGGAGGUCCACCUGGGAACCCAACGCCAACCUCACUCUCUGGGCGUCUCAGAAAGAAAUAUACGUUGGCGAUUGGCUCUAUUUCGGGUUCAACAAGACUCUGUACGACGUCCUGGAGGUGAACAGGACUGGAUACGACCGUUGCAGCGGGGAAGGGUUCAUCACCAACAUAACGAGAGGUGGGAGGGACGUGUUCAACCUGACGCAGGCGAGGCCUUACUACUUCAUCUGCAGCAGGGGAAGCUACUGUGCGAUGCAGGGGAUGAAGAUGGAGGUGAAUGUGACUACCGAGCCCCCUCCGCCGCAGCAGCCUCGCCCGGUUGAGAGCAGCAGCGGAUCUCCUCUUUUUCCUCGGUGUGGAUUUACCUCUGCUGUCCUGUUUUUGGUUCUUGGUGUUCUGUCGAGUAGUGGUGCUCUGUUUGCUGGGAUGUGAUUAUGUGAAGCAUUUGUAGUUCAAACGAUGUUCUUCAGCUAGUGAUUGAAAUCAGAAUUUUGGUUUUUUUGCUGCUCAAAGUAGUGGAAUCGCAAUGUGAAUCCUCGAAGGAGAUAAUGAUACUACGAAACCAAGAAGCAGAGCCACCAGGAACUCCAAACUAAUGAUCAUUUCGGAAAGUGAUCACAGUUCGUAGCAGCAGCUAGAGACGACGAAGGGCUUACAAGUCGUCAUAGACCAUCACGAUAAUAAGAAGUUAGAAGAAGAGCCACCAAGAACUUCGAGCUAAUGAUCAUCCUUAACAAUGAAUGAAAUGGUAAGCA